AUGCCAACUAAGUUCAAACUCAACACCGGCGCUGAGAUCCCUGCCAUCGGAUUCGGCACCUGGCAAGACCCAGAAUCUCAGGAGAACGCUGUUACAGAGGCCAUCAAGGCAGGAUACCGCCACAUUGACACUGCUCAGGGAUACGGAACCGAAGAACCCAUCGGGAAGGCCAUUAGAUCCAGCGGAAUCCAUCGCAAUGAGCUGUUCGUAACAACAAAGCUUUGGCACAAUGCACACCACCCCGACGAUGUCCCCAAGUCUCUGCAGGGUUCGCUCGACCGUCUGGGUCUGGACUACGUUGAUCUGCUUCUGAUCCACUGGCCGGUGGCAUGGAAGCGAGGCGACGAGCCCUUCCCCAAGGACUCGAGUGGUAAUCCGAUUCUCGAGGAUAUUGACUGGCUUGAUACAUACAAAGCAAUGGAAAAACUCAUCUCUACCGGCAAAGUAAAAGCCAUUGGCGUCUCAAACUUCAGCAAAGCCGAAAUGGAACGUCUCCUCCAAAACGCCGCCAUUCCGCCCGCCGUGCACCAAUUCGAAGGUCACCCAUGGCUGCAGCAGCACGCCUUUGCCGACUGGCACAAGUCCAAGGGCAUCCAUGUCACACAUUACUCUCCGUUCGGAAACCAGAACGAAUUGUACUCAGGAGCCGGACAUCUGGGUAAAUUGAUCAAUGAGCCGAUUUUGGGGCAGAUUGGGGAAAAGCAUGGGAAGAGCUCAUCACAGGUUGCUUUGGCCUGGGCUAUCACGGCCGGCCACUCCGUUCUCCCCAAGUCCAAGACUCCCUCGAGAAUCAAGUCCAACCUCGAAGGCGACUUUAAACUGGACGCGGAUGAUAUGAGCAAGAUUCAGCAGAUCGACCGUAAGCUGCGGUUCAACGACAGCAGUGGAGAAUUUGGUCGGGACUUCUUCCAGGACCUUGAGGGUACUUCUGUUUAA